AAAGAUAGGACACUUUUCUGAGAUUUUGUUUCCAUAUAAAGGUCAAUUUCGUUAAUGAUGUAUGAAAAAACUUACUAAAAGGACCAGCCGUUUGGUUUACUUUUUAUUACGAAAUAUUUUGAGAAGAAAUACGUAAAGUGACAUUGGACAACAAAUUCCGAUUAAAUUUCAUUUCAUGUAUUUUACCGGAUUUGUAAUAACAUAAGCAACACGACGGGUGCAAUAUGUGGAGCAGGAUCUGCUUACCCUUCCGGAGCACCUGAGAUCACCCCCAGUUUUUUGUGGGGUUCGUGUUGCUUAGUCUUUAGUUUUAUAUGUUGUGUCAUCUGUACUAUUAUUUGUCUGUUUGUCUUUUAAUUUUUGGCCAUGGCGUUGUCAGUUUAUUUUCGAUCUAUGAGUUUGACUGUCCAUCUGGUAUCUUUCGUCCCUCUUUUGAAUCUUUUUUUGAAAUUAAGAUAUACAUGACAUUGGAAACAAAAGAUAAUUUGUUUUUAUUCGUCUUAAAUUUAACAUUUGAAAAAUCGUGAAUGUCUUCCUAUUAAACAAUGUCUGAAAGAAAAUUUCAAUAUCAAAGAGAAAUGGUAUUCCGUCGUUCGUCUGUCCCUUCGUCUAAGUUCAUAUUACUAAAAUAGAUUUGAAGUAUCUUUCCUCACGCAAAAAGGGGCGGAAUAAACUGCGGGGAAUAAACAAUGUCAAGCAAAAUAAAAAAAAAAACAAAACAAAGAAAAAACCGAAUGACGACGAAACGACAAACAAGUUUAAAAACACUACAUAGAAAACUAAGAAGACUAUUGUAAAUUCAGAAAUUAUUGCAAGGUUUUUAUUUAUUCGAAUAAUGCGACUGAGGGAGUAUCGCAACAUAAGGACGCGCGUUGUGAUAUGUGAUACAGAUUUUGCUGAAAUUUCAUAAAUUAAUUUUGCACUUUUGUCUAAUCUUCAAAUAUCGCAAUAAUAAAUGCACGCAUUAAUUUCGAAAUUUGCACUAUCCACUUUUUUCCUCUAAUGAUCUUGUUUUUUGUCUUUCGAAAUGCACCUAUCGACUUCAGUUAAUAGGUUAACUAAUCGAUUUGUUCGAUUUACUUUGUGUAUGUUACACAAUUGGUACGGGUAACCUUAAAUGUAUUCUGGGCAUUUAUAAAACUAAAGUUGCAUCAAUAUUUCUCAAUUAUGCGGAUGACUGGCAGAUUUGUUAAUGGAUAUACACAACAGCAUCAAUACAUAUCUUAUAACCCGAUAAUCAUAUCUAAUUACUGUUUUGAUAUUUGUUUGUGAUGUUUAUACCCGGAUAUUUAAUUCUUAGAAGGUUGUGUCAUUAUUGGUAAAUGCAGAUUUUUGUGUGCCUUUUAUUCUGCGAAACGUAUUUUUAAAAUGAGGAUUAUCGUUGUAACAACAUUGUUGUUAGUUUGUGGUUGUUGCGUAUGGUCAGAUAUAAACAUAUAUGAAGUUCAAGGUUCCAAUGUUUUAUUAAAAUGCCCACUUAAAGCAACUGAAACCUACAAAGUUAUCUGGAAAGGACCAUACAAAAACAACACAGUCUAUUCACAGUCAUGUAGUAUUAAUUCGAAUUUGCCAGAUGCUUUAUCUAGUCGUAUUUUCAUUACUGGUAACCAUAGUGCUGGGGAGUAUGACUUGAGGAUCGUGAAGGUUGAAAUUAGUGAUGCUGGUUUAUAUGAGUGUUCCGUGAACGAUUUGAAAACAACAAUUAACUUAAAUUUUCCAGCAUUGCUAAAUUCUACCGAAGCGACAUAUAACCGAUUCUUGUUGGUGGAUUCGGACUUACAUAAGUUGUUUGUCGGACAAAUGAACAAUGUCAGUAUAAUAGAUUUAUCAGAAGGAGCAGUUAAAACAGAUAACAUUGAACUUCUACCAGAAACAGAUAAACUGAAUUAUUGUACCUUAUCAAAACCAACGGUUCCUGACUGUCAGAAUCACAUCAGAUUUAUUACAAAAAAGACAAAGGAUAAAUUGAUGUUGUUUGGAUCAAAUGCAGAUUCUCCAAAGGGGUUUGAACUCAAUAUGACUGACAUGACUCAGAGUAGUUCAGUUGUUCCGUGCUCUAAUGAUCCGUUUCACAAUUUUACAGUUUUGUAUGUCCAAUCACAGAAUCCAAAUGACGAGGAGCUAAUGUAUUAUGCAUCUACGUUACACGGUGAAUCUACAAUUCAAAGACCUAUACCAGGAAGUACAGAUUAUAUGAAAGGCGUAAUAAGUGAAAAAUGGAUGAAAGAUCCACAGUUCGUUGCUUCAUUUGACAUUGAAGAUAAGGUAUAUUUUUUCUUCCGUGAGACUGCAGUAGAAGUUGAUCCUGCGGAAACAAAAAUAUAUUCUCGGGUAGCAAAGGUUUGCAAGAAAGAUGUUGGUGGGAACUCUCUGCUGAGAAAUAAGUGGACCAGUUUUCAAAAAGCAAGACUGACCUGUAAUGAAAAGCAUGUCCAUUAUGAUUCAAUUCAGGAUGUUGUUAUGAAAGAUUCAACAUUUUAUGGUUUAUUCAUUACUAAACAAGGAACACCAGCGUCAGCAAUAUGUGCCUUUAAUUUAACCAGUAUAGAAGCUGCGAUAAAUGGGCCUUUCAAAGACCAGGCAACUGAUAAUUCAUACUGGGCAGAGGCUACAAACGUUCCAACUCCAAGACCGGGUCAAUGUACAGAAGAUUCGUUGUCACUUAGUGAAGAAGGUCUUCAGUUUAUUGCUGAUCAUCCGUUAAUGAACAACACGGUUGAACAAGUGAAUGGAAAGCCAGUAUUUCUUCUAGACGACAGAGAACUGCAACACCUUGAACUACAUAGCAACAUGUCAGAAAUUGUGCUUUAUACAGCUUCAAAUAAUGGUGAAGUUUACAAGUUAUUUUUUAAGGAUGGCAGCACGUAUAUUGAUAGCAUGUACUCACCACUGAGUAAUGCAGAAGUCAUUUGGGCACUCAAACAAUAUAACGACUCGGUUUAUAUAGGCACAGACACUUCUGUAAAACGUAUACAAGUCAUAAACUGUGAGCAGUACAGAUGGAUUGAUACCUGUGUAAAAGAUCCUCAUUGUGCCUGGGUUAAUUCGAGUGAUUACUUAACUGAUAAUAUAGAUAAAGACGACAUUCAGUGUUACAAUAGAUGUAAAUCAGUAGAAGCAGUCAUGCAAGAUCUUGAAAUCAAGAAAGACGAUGUUUUUACGUAUCAAAACUAUGACCUAACAAAAGUCACACUUUUAACAUGUCCUCCAAACAAGCCAAAUUAUAUGAGUGUUGUAUUUACAUCGAAAUCUUCAUUGACCUUUCAAUGGACGCCUAGAUCGAGCGGUGAUGAAGUUUAUGAUUAUCAGACAUUUGUCAUUCAAUACAGAAUAUGUAAAUCUGAAAUUUGGCGAUCUACAAAAUUUGACAUGACUGGUGCCAAGAAUGAUCCUCAAACCGCUAGCAUAUCGCAAUUGACUGAGGGAAGUCUUUAUGAUAUCAGAAUGAUUGCAAAUAACACCAUCGGUAGAAGCUCAUAUACAGAUAUAAUAGUCGUUUCAACAUUAUCUGAAAAUGAUGGAGCAGCAGCAGGAAAAACCAAUGAUGAAGUAUGGAAGAUAGUAUUACCUGCAGUCAUCGCCGUUGUCUCAUCUGUCAUCAACGUUAUUUUGGGUUUUAUGGUGUGGACGCGCUAUGUAAAUAGGAAUUGGUUUAACAAUACAGUGAACAGUUCUUCUGGUGGCACAAAUUCACUUGAUAAAAAUCAAAAAACAAAUAAAUACAUGGAUAUUGUAUUGAUCCGUUUCAGAUAAGUCGAAAGAAACAGCAUAUUACUGAAACAGAUGAAGAAAGAAACGUAUGUGUGUUCUAUAACAAUAACUAAGCGAAUAUUGCUUUCUGUGCAAUGUUUUUGUAAACUAAAACUCCUGUAAAAGUGUACCACGUGAGGUUGCAAUUUUCUAAAGCCAAUGAUAUACAAUUAUAUUCUUUGAUGUCUUUUAUUAUGUGUUCUCAUUCAAAGUUACAAUACAAAAAGCUGUGAGAUCAGAUGUAAUCAACAACAUAUAAUAAUGGUUGUAUGUUUCUUUAAAAUAUCUGACGUGAUAUAAAAUCACGCAAUAUUUCGUUUUAUUUAACUAGAUGCACCAAGCAUGCAGCUCUUCGUGUGAUUUCUUGAAGAUUGAUUUGAAGUUUCGUCGGCUUAUCUUCCACUUAUACGUAGAUUAACUAAAAUAAUGAAGCUUAACCUGUUUAACGUUUAUAUAACCAAGUUGAAAAAAAAAAAAAAAAAAAAAAGUCCGAGCUUUGUAUAUUUCAAAGUGAGAUAGACAUACAAAGUUUACACAAUAUGCAGUAAAACAGUAUUCUAGGAAUACUUCUCAUUCUUGUUCCAAAAUAUAUAGGCUAUACAGUUAAUUACUAACAUACAUGUACUAUUUAAUUUAAGAAUCCAGUUAAGGCAUAUCAAUGCUUACCCGGUGUUCGGCUUAAAUAUGUACAAACCAAAGAUAUCAGAAUUGUUUGAUUCAGGCCGACCUAUAUCAACUUUCAACACCUUGCCAGAAAAGCGCUUCGGACGCACGAAAUUUAUGAAGUAUUAUUUAUAAUCCAUACAUUGGUCAUCAUUUAAUGAUAAUGAUUAUUUCAUACCUUUUGAGUUGUUUUAACUUUGUCAAAACAUUUCCAAUCGAAAGUCUCGGAUAUUAUCAAAUUUUAUCAAACCGUUAUAAUUAACACUUUUUAUUGGUGAAUUUAUUGCCUAUAGCUAUAAUCAAAUGAUUGUGCCUCAUUAAUGUCAAUGGCAUAUGAAUCGAAGCUGAAAUGAUCAAAAUAGUUGCAUUUUUCUGGAGAAUUUGAGAUUACUCCCUAUUUUAAUGGGUUCUUGUUGAUCAGUCUUAACAUGUAGUUCUUUAUGUAGUGGUUGUUUCCUGUUGGUUGUCUUUACGUCUUUGUUUGAUUGUUUUUUGCCCGGAUGUUGUCAAUCUCUCUUUAUCUUAUGAGUUUUGAAUCGCACUUUGUUAUCUAUCCUCUUGUUGUAUCAAAAAGCACACGCAUCGGUUAAAAUAGUUGUUUGGCAAUAUAAAGAUCAAUUCAAAAUAUGAUUACUACGUGAAUACUGGUAUUGUUUUCUGGCGACGGCUCUGCUCUAUAUUAUUUGUAAACAUAAAUGUGCAAGUAACAAAAUAAAGAAUUUUAGAAAUUUUGGCAAUUUACUUAACUGUCAAUCAAUGUAUAGCUGAAUACCCCAUGAAAAAGCAUAAAUUAUAAGCCAAAUUCGUAUAACAAUAUAAAGGUAAUAUAUUCAACUAUUUCGUUAUGCAAGUAAAAGACCGUAUGAAAUAUAUGCAAGCGAUAUACCAACUUCACCUACGUAUGGGAUAUACAUCUCCCAACUCAUUCCGUAUUCAAGAGCUUGCACUGCGGACAUAAUUUUUGUCAAUCUAAUGAACAAUUCCUUUGUAGAACAUGCAGAUGAGCCGGCAAUGUACCGUAAUGUAAAACGUCACCAGUGUCUGAGCAGAAAGUUGAACCACGGUUAUGUCAAAGAACGUCUCGUCCUUUUUCUAAAAAAGUAAAAAAGUUCAUCGGAAGAUACCAAGAGCUUGUUUAUAAAUAUUCCGUAUCAACUUCAAAAAUAAUACAUGAUAUUCUUGAAGUAUAGAUUCAAGGUACUGACGUUGUUUAUCAACUUAAUCACGUGUUAUAGUGUUCUUUUAUUUGUCUUUGUAAAUUAUUUACCUUUACAGUUUUGUCCAUUUUUUUUGUAAUAUCCUUUUGGCUUGGCUCGGUACUUAUACAUCCCGCCAUUCUGUUAUUAUGCUAUGGUCACUUUUUGUAUUCUUGUCUUUCAUUUUUGCUUAUGUGCUUUGUCUAUACACCAUUUUGUUUUUCGUUGUUGACAUAUUUGUUUAUUUUUAUAGUGAUUAAGAUUAUAACACAAUGUUGACUGCUGUACCACUAUUGUUGACCUUUUACCUAUUAUGUCUGUUUGUUUUGUUUAUACAUUGUUGUCAAUAUUAUGGAAUUUUAUGCGACUGUCAUACAAGUGAGAGGUUUAGCAAAAUAUUAAACCAGGUAUAAUCCACCAUUUUCUACAUAAGGAAAUGCCUGUACCAAGUCAGGACUAUGGAAGUUGUUUUCUAUUCGUUUGAUGUGUUUGAGCUUUUAAUUUUGCCAUUUGAUAAGGGACUUUCCGAUUUGAAUUUUCCAUGGAGUAUGGUAUUUUUGUUAUUUUUCCUUUUUUCUCAUCGAUUUUUCCCAACCAUUUAGGUAGUAGGGACGACACUAGUUAAUUAUAUAUAAUGAACUAUGUAUUUAAAUAUAAGUUUAAAAUAUAAUGCAUGAUAUAUUAAAACCAUCAUAUGUUUUCUUUUGUUAACAGAUACAAGUCGAUCGUAUGAUAUGACACAUAAAUGCUUACUACUAUACAUCAACAGAUUUUUGUGUUUACCAUUGCGAAUAAGAGCAAGCUACCCUGGCCAAAAGAAUUGUUUUGUAGAUAUUUUUUCUGAAUGUUAUUUUGUUUUUGCAUGAUAAUAUUAUUGAAAGUUGUUCCAUCCCGUGUCACUUUUAUAUGUAUAUCAUCCGUUUCAUUUGACUGUGUCGCAUCCAAAUAACAGGCAAACCACAUUUUUAUUUAUAUCAUAUCAUGAGUUAUCUUUCCUAAGAAAUGUUUUCGAAAUUUACUAAUUAGUAUUAACUUUGUGUUAAUUGUGUUUAUCUUAUUGACGAUUGUUAUUGAUUCAUAAUGCUAUGCCAUUUUUAUAUUUGUAUUGUCAUUAUUGAUUAUGGGGUUCGUGUUCAUAAUCAUAAUAAUAAAAAGGAAUGCAAUAUUUAAACUAAAUAAACAUAACUAAAUCAUCUGGUCAUUAAUGAUUAGUAUGAUAUUCCUAAAAGACAGUUAGCUAAAAUUUUGAAAAUAACCUCACAAUUCAAUAUAAUGAUCUUCAAAAUACAAUUUUAAUGAACAAACUGUGACUGUAAAAAUUAUAAAGAACUACGAUAUUCUGUGUUUCAAUGAGUGCUGGGUCAAAUUCCCUGGUGAAUUUGAUCUAAAAGGUUACGACAAAAAGUGUUUAUAUAGAGAGAAAUGUUCCGGGGGUGGAAUAGUAGUGUUUUAUAAAAAAUGGAUUAGCCCAUUUAUUUAAAUUGUGAAAUGUUGUGUGGAUUGUAUGAUUUGGUUUAAGAUUGAUAAAAGUAUAACACCUGAUAAUUUAGAUUUAUACAUAUGCUCUAAAUAUAUGCCUCCAGAUAAAAAUGUGCUUUAUCGUAAAUAUAACUGUGAUGUAUUUGAUAUUUUGCAAGGAAAAAUAGAAUCUCUGUAUAAUAUUGGUACUGUAGCUGUUUUAGGAGACCUAAAUGGUCGUUUUGGUUUGAAACCGGACUAUUUAUUGAACGAUUUCUUAGAUCCAUUUUUACAAGACAAUAUCUCAUUUAUUAAUUAUGAAAAUGAUAGGCAAGAUUUUGUGCAGAGACAUCUCGAGGAUAUAAAAGCGCCCAACAGUUUCGGUCAAAGAACUCCGGGUUACGCAUCUGUAACGGACGUUUUGGAGAAGAUAGUGGUAAAAUAACUUUUAAUAAUAAAAAUAGUUGUAGUGUAAUUGACUAUUUAUUAUUAUCUGAGAAUAUGUUUAAGAUUGUAAAGAGUUUAAACGUAGGAAUGUUUACUAGUUUUUCAUGUCACGCUGCAUUGUCAGUUCAAUUUUACCUUAGGGACAAUACUGUAAAUUUGAUCAAAGAUCAAUGCUCAUGUAGUAAUCAUGUUUAUAAUACUUUUAAAUGGAGAAACGAGUGCGAAGAUGACGUCAGAGAGAGUUUGUUGUCUAACGCCCAGCAGUUUGAGGAUAUGUUGAACAAUAUAGAUGAAAAUAGCGACACCAAUAUCUGCGUGGAUGAAUUAAAUAAACUUUUGUCUGAUAUUUUUGACCAGUAUACAAAGACAGAAAUUAGACAUAAAAAACCCUGUAAUAUAUGUACUGAUGAUUAUAAACAAUUAAAAACUGCAACAGAUAAACCCUGGUUUACAGAUGAAUGUAAAAACGUAUAUAAUGCUUACCAACAGGCACUUGGAACUGUUAAUAAGUACCGAUCCAAUGAAAAUAGACUCAGUCUUAAUUUAGCAAAACAGAAAUAUAAGUGGCUCGAAAAUAAAUUGAAGAGACAAUAUAAGAAUCAAAGAGGUAACAUGAUGGCUUCGUUAAGAAGGACUAAUCCGAAACAAUUCUUUAGGAAAUUUAAGAAACGUAAAAAGGUUAUACAUCAUAAUAUAACUUUAGAGCAGUUUGAAGAACAUUUUAAGAAAUUAACUUCCAACCCAGAUAUACAUCCGCAGGAUUUACCAGGCGAAAAUACAGGUACUGUUUUCGAUGAGCUUGACUCUCCAUUUACGGAAAAAGAACUUGAUGAGGGUAUUAAAAAGUUAAAACGAGACAAAUCUACAGGAUACGAUAAUAUGAUGAACGAGUACAUUAUUAUGAGCAAAAAUUUCAUUAAACCUGUGUUGUGUAAAAUAUUUAACUGUAUUCUUACAAAUGGUGACUUUCCUGAAUUGUGGGUAAAAAGUAUUAUUAUCCCUGUAUUCAAAAAAGGUGAUGUUAAUGAGCCUGGAAACUUUCGUGGAAUAUCUCUUGUGUCCCAUAUUGGAAAGCUGUUUACAACUCUCAUCAACGCUCGACUUACAAAAUGGAGUAGAAACCAUGAUGUACUAACAGAUGCCCAGUUUGGCUUCAGACCUGGUUAUGGUACUACUGACGCCAUCUUCGCUCUCAAUUCUUUAAUUUCUAAAUCUUUGAAAUCUGGUAAAAGAUUUUAUUGUUGUUUUGUAGACUAUAAAACGGCGUUUGACAGUGUCACACAUAUGAAAUUAUGGUUACGACUUAUUAGAUUAGGUGAAACUAUUAAAUGUAUUAAAAUCUAUGUAUUCAAAACUUAAAUGUUGUGUAAAAUUUGAUGGUAGUUUCUCAAAUUUCUUUAAUAGUAAUGUUGGUUUAAUGCAGGGGGAAUCAUUAUCCCCAUUUUUAUAUUCAUUGUACGUAAAUGACAUGGAAAUAGAGCUUAUUAGUCAAGGAUGUCAACCUUAUGAGUUAAAAAUGUUGAACUUGUAUUUACUUAUGUAUGCAGAUGACACAGUAUUGUUCAGUAAAAAUAUUGAAGAUUUACAAAAGAUGAUUAAUUGUUUAAAUGUCUAUUCUAAUAAGUACAAUUUAUUUAUUAAUUGUUUAAAAACAAACAUUGUUGUGUUCAGAAACAGAGGUCAAGUUAAAGCAAAUGAGAGAUGGUAUUUAAAUGGAAAUUCAAUAGAUAUGUGUGAUGAAUUUGUAUAUCUGGGUAUUUUAUUUAGAUAUAAUGGUUAUUUUACAUAUACCCAACAAUCAUUAGCAAACCAAGGUCGUAAAGCAUUAUUUAGUUUGUAUAGUAAAUUGCAGGAUGACUGUUUUAAUUUUGAAACUAUGCUGUCAUUGUUUGACACGUAUGUAGCAAGUAUUUUGAAUUAUAGUUGUGAAUGUGAUGAUAUCGAACAAGUUCAAAUGAAAUUCUUAAAACGUAUAUUAAAGGUGAAAGCAUCUACUGUUAAUUAUAUGGUUUAUUGUGAGUUGGGACGAUACCCUAUGUUUAUAGAAAGAUAUUGUCGAAUGUUAAAAUAUUGGUUUAAGUUCUUAUGUACUUAUAACUAUAUUCUUAAAUGCUGUUAUGAAGAAAUGCUCGAGAGAUGUAAUAAAAAACCAAACGACAAAUAUAACUGGGCCUGUCGAAUUAGAGACAUAUUUUACAUGUAUGGGUUCCAUGAUGUAUGGUUACAUCAGGGUGUUAAAAAUUUGGAUUUGUUUUUAAUUGAAUUCAAAGAUAGAGUAAAGGGUAGCAUUCAUAGUGAAAUGAACUCAUUUUUUGAAGAUUCGCCAAAAUGUUUGUUGUAUAGAUAUGUAUUUGACCCCAACAUGUUACAAUUUUAUUUAGAUCAUGCUGUAAAUUAUAUUUAUAAACCAUUUAUUUGUAAAUACCGCAUAUCUGCUCACUGUUUGAAUAUAGAAACUGGUCGAUUUUAUAAUAUUGAGAGACAUCUGAGACUUUGUAAUAUGUGUGAUAAACAAGUAAUUGAAGAUGAAUAUCAUUUUAUUUUAGUAUGUGAAAAGUAUAAUGAACUUCGAAAGAAAUUUAUCAAACCAUAUUAUUGGAGAAAACCUUCGAAUUUUAAACUCGUACAGCUGCUAUCUGUUCAUAAUGUAAAGGAACUUAACAAUUUAGGGAAGUUUUCAUUUCUGGCCGAGAAGGCACGUAAUUAAAUUCAUUUAUAAAUGCUUAAUAUGUGUUAUAUUUUAUCAUACUCUGCUGUACUGUUAUAUGGGUAUACCUACUUAUAUGAUUAUUUGACUAAUUGUUUAAAUGUAAAUAUAUUUCACUGAUGUAAUUGAAUAUUUGUAAUAUUUAUAUUCUAUAAGUUGUAUUGCUUACGAAUAAAAGAUUAUUAUAAUUU